AUGCUAUAUAUGCAGCAUUAGAUAUUUUAUUCAAAAACAGAAAAAAUAAUCUUCAAAUUAGAAAAGAUUAUAAUCGUCUUAAUAAAAUACUUCUUGAAGAAGAUGAGUGGGAUUUUAUGCUGGAAAUGAUUAACAUAUUAGGACCAUUUUACAAAUCAACGCUAAUGUUGGGAGCUAGCAAUUAUGUAACAAUUAGUUUGAUGUAUCCUGUGAUUGAAGCUUUAAAAGAAAAAUUCAAAGUAGAUGAAUAUUGUGAUGAACCAAUUCUUGAAUCAUCAGAAACUGUAUUUGAUGAAAUAGAAAAAAUAUAUUUAGAAAUGUGUCCUGAACAAUCACCUACUGCAGAUACUAAUCAAUCCACCACAGAUUCUAGAAUAAAGUCUAAAAAAGUUUAUCAACUUUCUUUAAUGAAAACUAUUUAUGGUGCAUUGUCAUCAUCAAAAGCUUUAAAAGUAAACCAAGGGGAAAAAAGAGCAACUUAA